AUGGAAAUCCUUAAACUAGACACACCAGACAGACUGGGGCCAUGCACAGAAUAUGGGGAAAGCACUGAUCAGAUGGUAGAUCUGGCAGCCCAACGGAGAGCCCAGCUUGGCAAGCAUGAUGGAGAUGAGAAAAGUACCACACAGCCAGGAGAGAGAGCACGUGAGUCUGCCAAAUGUGGGAAAUGCUUUGUUAAGAAGGGGAAUCUCACAGCCCAUCAGAGACCUCACAGGAGAUGGGGCCCUGAGGAAGCCCGUGAGUGUGAGGGAAAUCCAGCAGCAACAGGAGAUCUCACAGCCCAUCAGACACCUCACAGGAGAUGGGGCCCACAGGAACCCAAUGAGUGUGAGGGAAAUCUGACAGGAGAUCUCGUAAGACACAUGUCAAGCACCACAAAAGCAGAACCAUCCCCUGGCCUGGAAGUUGAGGAAAGCCACCAGGGAGCGCUCUGCGCCCCAAGGGGAGGCCUGACGAGAAAGUGGACUCACAUGUGCUCUGAAUGUGGGAAGAAGUUCAGCAAGAAAGGUAACCUCACCAAGCAUCAGCGCAGCCACCGGGACGAGCGGCCGUUCAAGUGCAACCAGUGCCAGAAGAGCUUUUUUGUGAGAUCCCAGCUCUCCCAGCAUGAGAGGAUCCACACGGGGGAGCGGCCGUACAAGUGCACUGAGUGUGGCAAGCGCUUCACCCAGAAGUCCAACAUCAUCAUCCACCAGAGGAUCCACACGGGGGAGCGGCCCUUUAAAUGCGCUGACUGCGGGAAGAGCUUCAUCGACAAGUCGCAGCUCAUCACGCACCGUCGGACCCACACGGGGGAGCGGCCCUUCGCAUGCAGCGAGUGCGGGAAGGGGUUCCGGCAGAAGAUCACCCUGAUCACGCACCAGAGAAUCCACACCAGGGAGGAGCCCUACACCUGUCCUCAGUGCAGCAAGAGCUUCAGCCAGAAGGCCAACCUCAUGAGGCACCAGCUGAUCCACACACGGGAGGGGCCGUACAUAUGCACCGAGUGCGGGGAGAGCUACAGUGCCAUCAGGCACCUGAAGAGGCACCAGUUGAGCCACGCCGGGGAAAGGCCCCACGUGUGCACCAAAUGCGGGAAGAACUUCACCCGCAAAUCAAGCCUCAACAGGCACCAAGAGAUCCAUGCCAAUGACAGGCCAUAUGCGGUGGUGGCAGCAGAAAACCUCACCGUGGCCUAUGAGAUUAUGCAGGUCCCACUCUAGCACUAGGGGUGGGGUGGGGGAUGUUGAGUUGCAGUGAAAAUUUCCUCCGUGUCACCUGUAGGAGGUGCUCAGAAGCUCCCAGGGGGCUGCUCUCUCUCUUCAGCUGCAUGGAGUCUAAAAUACCUGAAAACCCAGCAAAGGAAAAAGAGCAUGGGCUGGGUCCUUGCUGCUGUUUUAAUUUGUGUUUAUCUUGCACGGUAAUAAAUAAUCAGUCUGUGCAUUGCUUUUGGAGGGAGAGUUAGAGGAGGAGGAGGAGAAGGAGGUGAGAGCAGCACUGUCCCUCCCUCUGAAGGAAUCAAGGUGACACUCUGCAGUCUGUAGAAAACAUGUUGGUCCCUAGACACCAUGGCUGCCUGAGACACAAGGAUGGGGGUCAGGCCUGGGGUGACUAAAUAUUCAGCUUCAUGCCAUGGCUCCUACCCAGAGUUACAGUCUGAGCGCACAGCCUCUUCUCUGCAUUGGCAGAGAUGUUCUUGAGCACUUUCCCACGAAGUCUUCCUUGGUGGAGGAAGGAGGAUGUCUUUGUUUAAUAUAUGGUGUUAGCUUCUGGGCCCAUGUAGUUGGUUUUCUCUUGCCGUCCUUGUUCUUGGUCUCAUUUCCCACAUCGCCCGCACCUGCCCCAAACCCUAUUGUUCAGGCCACUCUCCAGAUGUGUCUGAAAAUAGCCCUCCUUCAUACAGCUCCCCAGUGGAUGUCCAGGCCUCGUUAGCGUGUGCUGUCUGCUGAUUGACAUAUGCUAAUAUGCACCUCGUGGAUGUUUCUGCUUAGCCCUGAGCACCCAAGGAAUUUGCAUGGGCCCUUCUGAAAACCCCACAGAGCACUGGGUACAAGGCGGGUCCAAAACCCACCUUUAAAAAUCCUUUAGUCACCCCAAAUCCUACCCGAGUCCCUUGGAUGGGGCCACAAAUGGCUAAUGGCACCUGCCCUGGCUUUUGAAAAUUGUCUAAAGCUCCUUAGCAAGAGAGCUAGGAUUGGAACUCUGCAACUGGUAGCAUGAUUUAGAUGGGGACUGGUCCUGCUUUGAGCAGGG